AUGCGGGGCUCGGGGCCCCGGGGUGCGGGACGCCGGCGGCCCCCAGGCGGAGGCGGCGACACCCCCAUCACCCCAGCGUCCCUGGCCGGCUGCUACUCUGCACCUCGCCGGGCUCCCCUCUGGACGUGCCUUCUCCUGUGCGCCGCACUCCGGACCCUCCUGGCCAGCCCCAGCAACGAAGUGAAUUUAUUGGAUUCACGCACUGUCAUGGGGGACCUGGGAUGGAUUGCUUUUCCAAAAAAUGGGUGGGAAGAGAUUGGUGAAGUGGAUGAAAAUUAUGCCCCUAUCCACACAUACCAAGUAUGCAAAGUGAUGGAACAGAAUCAGAAUAACUGGCUUUUGACCAGUUGGAUCUCCAAUGAAGGUGCUUCCAGAAUCUUCAUAGAACUCAAAUUUACCCUGCGAGACUGCAACAGCCUUCCUGGAGGACUGGGGACCUGUAAGGAAACCUUUAACAUGUAUUACUUUGAGUCAGAUAAUCAGAAUGGGAGAAACAUCAAGGAAAACCAGUACAUCAAAAUUGAUACCAUUGCUGCCGAUGAGAGCUUUACAGAACUUGAUCUUGGUGACCGUGUUAUGAAACUGAAUACAGAGGUCAGAGAUGUAGGACCUCUAAGCAAAAAGGGAUUUUAUCUUGCUUUUCAAGAUGUUGGUGCUUGCAUUGCUCUGGUUUCUGUGCGUGUAUACUAUAAAAAAUGCCCUUCUGUGGUACGACACUUGGCUGUCUUCCCUGACACCAUCACUGGAGCCGAUUCUUCCCAAUUGCUCGAAGUGUCAGGCUCCUGUGUCAACCAUUCUGUGACCGAUGAACCUCCCAAAAUGCACUGCAGCGCCGAAGGGGAGUGGCUGGUGCCCAUCGGGAAAUGCAUGUGCAAGGCAGGAUAUGAAGAGAAAAAUGGCACCUGUCAAGUGUGCAGACCUGGGUUCUUCAAAGCCUCACCUCACAUCCAGAGCUGCGGCAAAUGUCCACCUCACAGUUAUACCCAUGAGGAAGCUUCAACCUCUUGUGUCUGUGAAAAGGAUUAUUUCAGGAGAGAGUCUGAUCCACCCACAAUGGCAUGCACAAGACCCCCCUCCGCUCCUCGGAAUGCCAUCUCAAAUGUUAAUGAAACUAGUGUCUUUCUGGAAUGGAUUCCGCCUGCUGACACUGGUGGAAGGAAAGAUGUGUCAUAUUAUAUUGCAUGCAAGAAGUGCAACUCCCAUGCAGGUGUGUGUGAGGAGUGUGGCGGUCAUGUCAGGUACCUUCCCCGGCAAAGCGGCCUGAAAAACACCUCUGUCAUGAUGGUGGAUCUACUCGCUCACACAAACUAUACCUUUGAGAUUGAGGCAGUGAAUGGAGUGUCCGACUUGAGUCCAGGAGCCCGGCAGUAUGUGUCUGUAAAUGUAACCACAAAUCAAGCAGCUCCAUCUCCAGUCACCAAUGUGAAAAAAGGGAAGAUUGCAAAAAACAGCAUCUCUUUGUCUUGGCAAGAGCCAGAUCGCCCCAAUGGAAUCAUCCUGGAGUAUGAAAUCAAGUAUUUUGAAAAGGACCAAGAGACCAGCUACACAAUUAUCAAAUCCAAAGAGACAACUAUUACUGCAGAGGGCUUGAAACCAGCUUCAGUUUAUGUCUUCCAAAUUCGAGCACGUACAGCAGCAGGCUAUGGUGUCUUCAGUCGAAGAUUUGAGUUUGAAACCACCCCAGUGUUUGCAGCAUCCAGCGAUCAAAGCCAGAUUCCUAUAAUUGCUGUGUCUGUGACAGUGGGAGUCAUUUUGUUGGCAGUGGUUAUCGGCUUCCUCCUCAGUGGAAGGCGGUGUGGCUACAGCAAAGCAAAACAAGAUCCAGAAGAGGAAAAGAUGCAUUUUCAUAAUGGGCACAUUAAACUGCCAGGAGUAAGAACUUAUAUUGAUCCACAUACCUAUGAGGAUCCCAAUCAAGCUGUCCAUGAAUUUGCCAAGGAGAUAGAAGCAUCAUGUAUCACCAUUGAGAGAGUUAUUGGAGCAGGUGAAUUUGGUGAAGUUUGUAGUGGACGUUUGAAACUACCAGGAAAAAGAGAAUUACCUGUGGCUAUCAAAACCCUUAAAGUAGGUUACACUGAAAAGCAACGCAGAGAUUUCCUAGGUGAAGCAAGUAUCAUGGGACAGUUUGAUCAUCCUAACAUCAUCCAUUUAGAAGGUGUGGUGACCAAAAGUAAACCAGUGAUGAUAGUGACAGAGUAUAUGGAGAAUGGCUCUUUAGAUACAUUUUUAAAGAAAAACGAUGGGCAGUUCACUGUGAUUCAGCUUGUUGGCAUGCUGAGAGGUAUUGCUGCAGGAAUGAAGUACCUUUCUGACAUGGGUUAUGUGCAUAGAGACCUUGCUGCUAGAAACAUCUUAAUCAACAGUAACCUUGUGUGCAAAGUGUCUGACUUUGGACUUUCCCGGGUACUGGAAGAUGAUCCCGAGGCAGCCUACACGACGAGGGGAGGAAAAAUUCCAAUCAGAUGGACUGCCCCAGAAGCAAUAGCUUUCCGAAAGUUUACUUCUGCCAGUGAUGUCUGGAGUUAUGGAAUAGUAAUGUGGGAAGUUGUUUCUUAUGGAGAGAGACCCUACUGGGAGAUGACCAAUCAAGAUGUGAUUAAAGCAGUAGAGGAAGGCUAUCGUCUGCCAAGCCCCAUGGAUUGUCCUGCUGCUCUCUACCAAUUAAUGCUGGAUUGCUGGCAGAAAGACCGAAAUAGCAGACCCAAGUUUGAUGAAAUAGUCAACAUGUUGGACAAGCUGAUACGUAACCCAAGUAGUUUGAAGACACUGGUUAAUGCAUCAUGCAGAGUAUCUAAUUUAUUGGCAGAACAUAGCCCACUAGGAUCUGGGGCCUACAGAUCAGUAGGUGAAUGGUUAGAGGCAAUCAAGAUGGGCCGGUACACAGAGAUUUUCAUGGAAAAUGGAUACAGUUCAAUGGACGCUGUGGCUCAGGUGACCUUGGAGGAUUUGAGACGGCUUGGAGUGACUCUUGUCGGUCACCAGAAGAAGAUCAUGAACAGCCUUCAAGAAAUGAAGGUGCAGCUGGUAAAUGGAAUGGUGCCAUUGUAAUUUCCUGUAAAUGUCACUUCUUCAAGUGAAUGAUUCUGCACUUUGUAAACAGACCUGAGAUUUAUUUUAACAAAAAAAGGAGGGGGGGAGAGAAAGCAAUGAUUUCUAAACCUUAGAAAAUAUUUGCCUCGGCCACAGAAUUUGUAAUCAUGGUUUUACUAAAAUCUCCAGUUCUUGGUCCUUAGUCU